UCUUGUCACUCCAUUAAUCCUAACAUUGGAAAGCAACUGGUCUAAAUGUAUCCAAAUAAGACGUGAUCCACAGGCUUACUGCCUUAUUGUGCUGUCAAUCUAGAAUGGGGCGGUAGCUGCCAGCCUACCGGACCGUGAGAGGCGGUAAAGCGCGCGUCCGACACCGGAGGAGAAGUUGAUCGGCGGAGCCUUUUAUCCUCUUCCUGGCCACCUGAAAGCUUGCUUUGGAGAAUUGCUCACCUCACACGUUGACAUUAAAGCCAUUAGUCUGUUAGAAAAGAUAUCCGUGGAAUAAUGCCGGACACUAAAAAAUACUUCGAGAACCUCACUGGAACAGGGAAAUGCAUUGGCGUCCUUACAAGCGGUGGAGAUGCUCAAGGCAUGAAUGCUGCUGUAAGGGCAGUGGUCAGAAUGGGGAUCUAUGUGGGAGCCAAAGUUUAUUUCAUUCAUGAGGGUUACCAAGGAAUGGUGGAUGGAGGUGACAACAUCAAAGAGGCAUCGUGGGAAAGUGUUUCCAGCAUGUUACAAGUGGGUGGUACUGUGAUUGGCAGUGCACGAUGUAACGAUUUUCGCUCCCAUGAGGGCCGUUUGCACGCAGCUUUAAACCUGGUGCAGCGUGGCAUCACUAACUUGUGUGUGAUUGGUGGAGAUGGCAGUUUGACCGGGGCUAAUCUCUUUAGGGAGGAGUGGAGCGGUCUAUUGGAUGAGCUUGUCCAAUCAGGUCAAAUCAGUGAAGAGGCAGCCCAGACUCAUUCUGCACUGCAUAUUGUUGGGAUGGUGGGUUCUAUAGAUAAUGAUUUUUGUGGGACAGAUAUGACCAUUGGCACUGACUCAGCACUGCACAGGAUCAUAGAGGUGGUGGAUGCAAUAAUGACCACUGCACAAAGCCAUCAGAGGACGUUUGUGCUGGAGGUCAUGGGGAGACACUGUGGGUAUCUAGCUUUAGUCAGCGCGCUUGCGUGUGGGGCUGACUGGGUGCUGAUUCCAGAAAAGCCUCCCAAAGAUGGCUGGGAGGAACAGAUGUGUCAUAAAUUAUCAGAGAGUCGUUUGCGUGGUUCUCGUCUUAAUAUAAUCAUAGUGGCCGAGAGAGCUACAGACAGACAUGGAAACCCCAUCAGCUCUUAUGCAGUGAAGGAUAACCGUGCUGAUAAGAAACGGCUUAACAUCAUCAUAGUAGCUGAAGGUGCUAUAGACCAAAACAACAAACCCAUAACCACAGACUAUAUAAAGGAUCUGGUAGUGGGAUGUUUGGGGUUUGACACACGAGUAACCAUUCUGGGUCACGUCCAAAGGGGAGGAACGCCCUCUGCCUUCGACAGGAUUUUGGCGAGUCGUAUGGGCGUGGAAGCCGUGCUGGCUCUGUUAGAAGCAUCUCCUGGUACUCCGGCAUGCGUGGUGUCUCUAUGUGGUAACCAGGCAGUCAGAGUGCCUCUGAUGGAGUGUGUUCAGAUGACCCAGGAGGUACAGAAGGCCAUGGACGAAAAGAGGUUUGAAGAAGCAGUAAAGCUGCGUGGCAGAAGUUUUGAAAACAACCUGAACACCUACAAACUCUUGUCUCAUCACAAAACUGAUGCUGAACUUCCACAUAGUUCGUUUAAUGUGGCUGUUUUGAAUGUUGGAGCUCCUGCAGCCGGCAUGAAUGCGGCUGUGCGUUCGGCUGUCAGGGUAGGGAUCACAGAGGGCCACACCAUGUUUGCUGUUAAUGAUGGAUUUGAGGGCUUCUACAAGGGGCAGAUAAAAGAAAUCAAAUGGGGUGAUGUUGGGGGCUGGACAGGCCAGGGUGGGUCCCUGCUAGGAACAAAAAGAACUCUUCCAGCAAAACAUGUUGAUAACAUCGCAGAACAAAUGAGGAUUCACAACAUCAAUGCUUUACUGGUUAUUGGAGGAUUUGAGGCAUAUCUGGGGCUGAUGGAGCUGCAAGCAGCUCGUUCCAAACAUGCAGAGCUUUGUGUUCCCAUGGUGAUGGUCCCGGCCACUGUGUCCAACAAUAUUCCUGGUUCAGACCUGAGUAUUGGGGCAGACACUGCUCUCAAUGCCAUCACGGACACGUGUGAUCGUAUAAAACAGUCCGCCAGUGGUACGAAGCGUCGCGUGUUCAUUAUUGAGACCAUGGGCGGGUACUGUGGUUACCUGGCCACUGUUGGGGGGCUGGCGGCCGGAGCUGAUGCAGCAUAUAUCUACGAAGAGCCGUUUGACAUCCGAGACCUACAGUCUAACGUGGAACAUUUAACUGAGAAGAUGAAGACCAGCAUCCAAAGAGGAUUAGUGCUCAGGAAUGAGAACAGCAGUGAGAACUACACCACUGACUUUAUCUACCAGCUGUACAAUGAAGAAGGCAAAGGAGUGUUUGACUGCAGAAAGAAUGUCCUGGGACACAUGCAGCAGGGUGGCGCUCCAUCCCCGUUUGAUAGGAAUUUUGGCACCAAGAUUGCAGCUAAAGCCGUGCAGUGGAUCUCCAAGAAGCUCAAAGAGUUUUAUCGAGAAGGCCGUGUGUUUGCAAACACUGAGGAUUCUGCGUGUUUGUUGGGGAUGCGACGCAGGGCUCUGGUCUUUCAGCCAGUGACACAACUCAAGGAUGACACAGAUUUUGUUCACAGGAUCCCCAAGGAACAGUGGUGGCUCAAACUGCGUCCACUUAUGAAGAUUCUGGCAAAGUACAAGACCAGCUACGACGUGUCCGAUUCAGGCCAGCUAGAACACAUUGUCCGUCUGAGAGCUAAAGACAACUCAGCUAUUUAAAGUCAGCUGUGUAAAACCAUGUACUCUUGCAAGUAUAGAUUAAUUUUUUAAGGUGAGGACCUGUGCUAGCAUUCCACAGCAAAUCUACAGAAAUCAGGCUUGACCUUAACACAUAAUCAUAUAUAUAAUCAAUUCACAUUAAACUGUGACCGUAGACAAAGCCAAGAGAUUCAUCCUUAAAUGUUAGAACAGUGUAUUGUGACAAUGUCAGCUGACAAUCCAUAUGCUCAAGCGGUUAGCUAGUCAUCGCUGUUUAAUCAGGCCAGUGUUAGAGUCUGUGAAUAUUCAAGAUAAAUUAAAAGUCAUUUACAGCUUAUUUUAAAUGGAUUUGGAAAUCUGAAGAAAUAGUCCUGCUCUGCUGGCUUUCAGUGAUGUUAUUCCACAGUUAGACCUCUGAAAUAGAGUAUGAAUCCCAAGCUGCUGUCCUGUGUUGUCUGUGCUGUUUAGUGCAGGCAAUUUGUACCAAA